UUUAGUUAUGACAACAAAAGUAGUGUAACAGAUGGCACCCUGGAAACUACAUGACAGCAGAUUGGAGUGAGCCAGCAUAGCUUUUCAGAUAAACAGCCCAGAUGGAAUAAAGCUGUCACUACCUCACUUUUCUAAGACUUUCUCACAUACACACACACACACACACACACACAAACAGAGAUACAUGAGCACCCCGUGAACACCGCUGGAGAGCUAUAUAAGAACUCGUCAGGAGGGUCGAACACCCACUACUUAUUCUGAAGGAUUAUUGCACUUUUCUCAGCUACUUUCUCUGUAGAUUUUUACUUUAAAGAUAUAGCCUAAAUAAAUUUAAUAAUUUGUACUUAGAACUUUUAUCUUUUUAAAAUAAUUGACCUUCAUUAAUACUGGAAUUUCCAUGCAGCAUGACAACAUCAGUUUUACAAAUGUUUGUGGGCAAUAACACAGCUGUGGACUUAAACAGUAAGACGUUUCAUAGUUUUCCACAGAGCACUGAUGGCUUCAGUGUGACCAUGGCUAUCCUGCACCUAGCUGUAUGCAUCACAGGAUUGGGAGGAAACUCUUUGGUCAUCAUUGCCAUCCUCAAGCUGGAUAAAAUGGCAUCUGCCACAACUGUGUAUAUUUUCAACCUGGCUUUGGCAGAUGGACUAUUUAUGGUUGGGCUCCCAUUUGUGGCUUUUCAGAACUUCCAGAACCAAUGGAUCUUUGGUGAUGUGGCCUGCAAACUGGUCAUGGUGCUAGAUGGAAUCAACCAGUUUACCAGUGUGUUCUGCCUCACAGUAAUGAGCGUGGACCGCUACAUGGCCCUAGUAGACCCUCUUCGCUUUGCACGCUGGAGAACUCCAAAGCGGGCCAAAAUAAUCUCUGCAUUUCUUUGGCUUUUCUCCUUGAUUUCUGUCUUGCCCAUGGCUCUCCACUUCACUGUGCAGUAUGGCUUGUGUAUGGCUGACAUGUUUGUGGGCAAAUUUUGGAUGACUUUCCUCACGUACACUUUUGUACUGGGCUUCGUUCUCCCCUUCAUGGUGAUGAUAAUUUUCUACACAACUCUGGUAGUGACUCUAAGGAAUUCCAGGCAAUAUGACAGUAGGUGUUCCUCCUCAGAGGAGAGCCAGAGAUUUGAGAAGCAGGUUACCAAGAUGGUGGUAGCUGUGGUUAUGGUUUUCGGGAUAUGCUGGCUACCUUUCUAUGUCGUCAACUUCUGCUCAUUGUAUGGUACAAAUGUGACACUCACUUUUGCACGUGGCUUUGAGAUUGCAGUGCUUUUGUCCUAUUCAUGGAGCUGUGCUAACCCCAUCCUGUAUGCUUGCCUAUCAGAGACCUUCAACAGAUAUUUCCACACUUUACUCUGCCCCCACAUAAACCAUUCCAGGAUGCACUGCAACAGAGAUACAGAGGCAUAUGACCUGCAUUACACAACUGGGCAAGAUGUAAGUGUGCUAACUUAAUUUCAAAAUCUAUAUUUCAGUGGUUUGUAAAAAAAAAUGUAUAUGUUGUAAACAUGGAUUUUUAUGUUUAACAUCCUUUAAAUGUACCAUGCUUGAUUUUCAUAUCAGAUAAUCAUUAGAUAUUAUAUUAAUCUCAUAAUAAUAAAAUGUAGUCGAGUCUAAAUCUUUUGUAAAAACAAUUUUAUGACAGACUGAUAAUUCUGACAAGUGGGGAAUAAAGAAAUCUAGCUGGCUUGUUGGAGAACACAAUGACAACCAGCUGGGAUGCAAAUGAAACAAAUGAGUUGAGAGAAUGUUUGUGUUGUGCCUCUCUCCUUGGAUGGAAUGUCAUGUUGAGGAUUAUGUAAUUCAUUUGCCCUAUUAAUGUCCGGACCCCAUAUAUGAGUGAUUCUUAGCCGACUGUGAAUAUAAGAAUGAUGUUGCUGUUGCCAUGGCACUCAACUGGGAAUGAACACUACAAGCUGGAAUGUUUGUUACAACAUUUGACAUGAAUGAAGAAUGUGAGACAUAAGGAAUUUAUUUAGAGACUGUUAAUGGAUUAGACAUCCUGGGAAACACUGACAUGCUUCAUUUUACUAUGCUAUGGUAGAUUAGCUCAAGAUUUCUGCACAGGGUAUGACUUCAUAUAAGUGACUCUACGUUAAUUUUUCAUUGUUUGAAAAUGAAACAUGAUUUACAUUGUUCUCUGUUUUAUAUUUCAUGCUGUGUGUUUCAUUGUAUUUGUCUUUUGUGUUAUUUUAUAGCAAUUUUUUAUACAUUGAAAUUAGCAUGUGUGGUAUAGCUUUCAAUACUAAUGUAAACAUUGUCUAGCUGUGAUUUUGCCAUUAUGUAGCCAGUAAUAAGUUGAAAAUGGUCACUUUGUGAUAAUGUCUAUUGUUAAAUAGUGGUAAACAAAUAAAAUGUAAUUGGA